AUGUGGCUAUCCGAGACGGUGAGGCAAUCUUUGAACGACGAUACCUCCUCGCCAUACAAAGACCGCUGGACUAAGAGGCUGAUGAGGUAUGGAGUGGAAUCUCGGGGCGUGCAACCGGUACCCGAGGCACAACGUACCGACACCCAGUUCAUCAAGGUCUUUUACCUCUGGGUUUCGUUCAACGUGAACAUCCUUACAUUCUCGACUGGGACGUUGGGUCCUGCCAUCUUUGGCCUUGGAUUGCGCGACUCGUGUUUGUCGAUCCUCUUUUUCAACAUCAUUUGUUGUGGGCCGCCUGCUUACAUGGCGACUUGGGGUCCCAAACUUGGGAUGAGGCAAAUGAUCAUUUCGCGGUAUUCCUUUGGGUACUACGGAGUUAUUAUACCCUGCAUCAUCAACCUCAUCGGCUUGAUCGGGUUUUCUGUCCUCAAUUGCAUCCUUGGCGGUCAGGCUUUGGCGAGUGCAGGCAAUGGGAGUCUCAGCUGGGCGGUAGGAAUUGUCGUUAUAGCCGUCAUCUCACUGUUCGUCUCGUUCUGCGGUUACGGGAUUCUGAACUGGUACGAGAAAGUGUCGUGGUUCCCGGUGCUCCUCACGUUUAUCAUCUCCCUUGGAGUGGGAGGCAAGCAUCUCCUACAUCCCCCCCCUGCAGAGCCUGCGACGGUUGUGGGCGUUCUGAGCUUUGGGGCAACCCUUGCUGGCUUUUCUCUUUCGUUUUCCAGUCUCAGUGCUGAUUUCACAAAUUAUUACGUGUCAAGUGUUAACGGAUGGAGGAUAUUCUGGUACUCCUUCAUAGGCCUCUUACUACCUAUUGUCGUCCUGGAAUGCUUUGGCGCCGCUGUGGUCGUUGCAGUCCCUUCCGUCCCAUCUUGGGAACAGGGAUAUGUAGGUGAAAACAUUGGUGGUCUCUUGGCAGCCAUGCUCCAGCCCGUUGGAGGGUUUGGCAAGUUUCUCGCCGUGCUCCUGAGCCUUUCCGUAGCCGGAAACAUCGCAGCGUCGUUCUAUUCGUUGACGCUGAAUAGUCAGACCUUCAUCCCCACUUUGAUUAUCGUUCCUCGAUAUGUUUUCUCGGUGGUUGCAACUGCUAUUGUGAUACCCUUGUCGAUUGUUGGAGCACACAGGUUCUACGAUGCGCUCACCAACUUCCUUGGGCUCAUUGGGUAUUGGCCAGGCUCGUACGUUGCCAUUACGAUGCUGGAACAUCUGGUAUUUCGACACAAUGAUGCUGGGCAAUACGACAUCAAUGUCUGGAACGUGCCACUCAAACUGCCUUCGGGUAUAGCUGCUCUGGGCGCGUUGGCGGCCUCGUUGGGACUCGCGGUUCCGUGCAUUAGGCAGGUGUGGUUCACGGGCCCCAUUGCAAAAACGACGGGGGACAUUGGGUUUGAGGUUGCGUUUGGGGUGAGCGCGGUGCUCUAUUUGCCUUUUCGUUGGCUCGAAAUUAGGAUACGAAAGCAUGUAUGA